AUGGGCCGGCCUGUCGAUGCUCGUCGUCCUCAGCGUCAUCUUUGCUUUGAUCACAUGUUCUCCGCUUCACCACCGGCCGUUCAUGGACAUUUGAUGGCCACUUUCGUUCUGAACUCGCCGACUCGCUUCGCCCAGGGGCUAAAGCUGUUUCAAGGUUUGCUUACUGAGAAGCGCAUUGACACUCCACUGAGUUGCCUCAAACAUUUAAGAAGCGUUGAUGAUUUGCCGUCGAAUAUCGCCAUGGCAUCUCCUCCAUCGAAUGCCCCGUUCCGUGCUUUCCUCUGUCGACUUUCCGAUCACUUCAUUGUUCGUCAUCUGGACGAUAGGCAGGCCGUAAAUCCAAUAAAGUAG